AUGGCCGUAGGCAAAGGUUUCAAGCUCUUUCAUACCCUUUUCUUAGUGAUUUCUUGGCAAUAUUGUGCGAAAGUGGGUGCCACUUUUAGUGAUGUCACCGGUGUCGUAAAUCUCGAUCAUCAAUUUUCAUUUCGUGCCUUUGCAUCACAUGACACACAAGCACCAGCGGUAGCACCAAUCGGAAGUAGCACAGAAGUCCUAGUUGCUGCACCGUUUGGAAGCAUCACUAAAACUCCUAAGGCUUUAACCCCAGAGGCUGCAUCAGAUGGAAAGGCUGCAUCAGAUGGAAGCAUUGCUCUAACCCCGGAGACUCCAUGGGAUGGAAGCAUUGCUCUAACCCCGGAGGCUCCAUGGGAUGGAAGCGUUGCUCUAACCCCGGAGGCUCAAUGGGAUGGAAGCGUUGCUCUAACCCCGGAGGCUCCAUGGGAUGGAAGCGUUGCUCUAACCCCGGAGGCUCCAUGGGAUGGAAGCGUUGCUCAAACCCCGGAGGAUCCAUGGGAUGGAAGCGUUGCUCAAACCCCGGAGGAUCCAUGGGAUGGAAGCGUUGCUCAAACCCCGGAGGAUGCAUCGGAUGGGAGCGAUGCUCAAACCCCGGAGGAUGCAUCGGAUGGGAGCGAUGCUCAAACCCCGGAGGAUGCAUCGGAUGGGAGCGAUUCUCAAACCCCGGAGGCUGCAUCGGAUGGGAGCAUUGCUCUAACCCCGGAGGCUGCAUCGGAUGAGAGCAUUGCUCUAACCCCAACCAUUGCACCGAGUGGAAGCGUUGCUCUAACCCCAACCAUUGCACCGAGUGGAAGCGUUGCUCUAACCCCAACCAUUGCACCGAGUGGAAGCGUUGCUCUAACCCCAACCAUUGCACCGAGUGGAAGCGUUGCUCUAACCCCAACCAUUGCACCGAGUGGAAGCGUUGCUCUAACCCCAACCAUUGCACCGAGUGGAAGCGUUGCUCUAACCCCAACCAUUGCACCGAGUGGAAGCGUUGCUCUAACCCCAACCAUUGCACCGAGUGGAAGCGUUGCUCUAACCCCGGAGGCUGCAUCGGAUGAGAGCAUUGCUCUAACCCCAACCAUCGCACCAAGUAGCACACAAGCUUGA